AUGGCGCCUGAGGCCCCCGCGGACACCGCAGGCCCAUCCUCCCCACCACCACAACUCCCAGAAGGCUGGCUCCCUCAGUGGGAAGGCGUCGGACGGAAAUGGUAUUACGUACAGCGGACGACCGGGAAGUCGCAAUGGGAGAUUCCAACCGAACCGAUCGUCCUGACCCCGUCAACAACACCGACGCCGAUGGGAGCGGGACUAUCGCAAGAGCCAAGAUCGCAUCCGACAAGCAACAGUACUCGAGAGCUGGAGUCCGUGGACACAACGGCAGGCGGGACGUACUCUGCGGCGGACAGUGCGAGAAUUUCCAGCUCCCUUGACUCCCAGAUAUACCGGCGGUCGGACAAUCCAACUUAUGGGUCUUCCGGGGUACCGGGUUGGUAUUCGAGUCAGACCGGUCAACACUUGCUCGGCGGAUAUCAGCAGCAGCUCGCUGCAAACGCAGCCGGAUAUGGCCCGAAUUCAUUGCAACACGGCCCUGUUGGACAGAUGAAUGGUGUUCAGCAGGCAUUUUAUGGGAGCCAGACAGAUCCGGGGUAUCAAAUCACGGGUCCACACCACAUGGGCCAAAGUAUCUCCUCAUCAGCAUUGGGUAAUAAUCCAGGUACAUAUCAGGGACCACCGAGCGGUUACAAUAUGACACAACAUGCACAAUCCUUCCAAGGAUUUUCCGCUGAUCCUGCUGGAUUGCAUAGCCACCAGGCACCAGCACCUUGGACAAUAACUAGCAGCUCACAGGGACAAAUGGCAAGGUCAAUGGAUGGAGCUUCCGAUUCCCAGCCACAGUGGCAAUUGGAAUCACAGCAAGGCCAUUUGAAUGCCUCUGGUGAGGCUGCCCCGAUGAACUUACAUCCAUCAGCCAUGCCUAAGCCCUUCUUUCGGUCUUAUACAUCCAGCCAGCAUGCGGAACCGGCUUCGGAAGAAUUCGCUCGCCGUGUCUCGAAUGCUUCUCUUGUCGGGGAAGGGCAGCCCUAUCAAACUUCCGCGGAGAGUUUUCCCAACCAUUCACCCCACUCCAUGGUUGAGCAAGGUAGAUUCGGACAAAGCCAACCGGACCCGCGUUCCCAUUCGCAACAUACUCCCUCCGACCCUGCUUUGCAGGGAUUCUCACCGCUGCAACAUGUACAGAGUCAAUAUCAACAGCAGCACAUGAUACGGAAGCAGUCAGGAUCGCACCAAGCAAAUUUUGCCCAACGCCAUCAGCAAUAUUACAAGCCAAUGGCACAAGUCAAUGUCAACCAAUACGUUUCGCAGCAUCAAUUUGGUUCUAGCGGUGGGCCGACGGCUUUCCCUGAAACAGUACACGGUCACCAGGCGCCUUACCACCAGUCGAGUCAUUAUCCCGAGCAUCUCGAACAUCCACCGGGUGAGACAGGAAGACCUUCGGAGUCGCGUUUUGUCAGUGGGCCAUGGACCUCGACACCGCCUUCUCCUGGGCAGUUGUAG